UUGAUUUUAAAUUUCCGUGAAUAAAUGCGCGCAGAAGAAGAGCUGCGGUUGGAAUUCUAAAUGUGCCAAAUAAAAUGGUUGAAAACCUAACAGAAGAGCAGAUAAAUGACAUUAAAGAGGCUUUCUUGGUGUUUGACAAGGAUGGGGAUGGGACGGUCAGUACGGAGGAACUGGGGGCAGUGAUGAGGUCAAUGGGUCAGGACCCGACGGAAAAAGAACUUAUGGACAUGAUUGCUGAAGUGGAUGUUGACGGAAACGGUGACGUGGAGUUUGACGAAUUUCUACAAAUGAUGGCUAAGCAGAUGCAGUGCACAGAUUCUCCAGACGAACUAAUCGAGGCCUUUCAAGUGUUUGAUGAAAACAAGACAGGAUAUAUUUCAGUGACAGAGUUUCGAAGCGUCAUGACAACGUUAGGGGAAAGACUUACCGAUGAAGACGUGGAUGAAAUGAUUGCGGAUACCGGAUUAGGAAGCAAUGGAUAUAUUCGAUAUAAAGUUAAACAUGACGACUCGCUUACACCUGAACAAAUUGCAGAACUUCGGGAGACCUUUCUCCUUUUCGAUAGGGAUGGAGAUGGCACUGUGAACUGCGAGGAACUUGGGACGGUAAUGAGACAAUUAGGUCAUGAACCUUCAGAGGAGGAACUGCGUCAGAUGAUAGCGGAAGUCGACGAAGAUGGAAGCGGGGAGAUUGAAUUCGAAGAGUUUUGUACUAUGAUGGCCAAUAGGAUGAAUCAACCAAUAGAUUCACCAAAGGAAUUAAUAGAAGCUUUCGAGAUAUUUGACGAGGAAAAGAAGGGAUACAUAACAAUGGAGGAAUUUCGGUCUGUAAUGACUACUCUAGGAGAAAAACUGUCACAAAGUGACGUUGACGAAAUGGUCACAAUGACAGGAAUCGGAAAAAACGGAAAAGUCAGGUAUAAAGAGUUUGUGAAAAUAUUGACAAAAGAAUGAAUCAAUUGUUGAUAUAUUAAUACAAGCUUUAGUUUUUAAUUUGUUUCAUUAUAUUAUACAUUGUUUCACAAAUUUAUUUGUUAACCUUUAAACAAUAAAAUGCCAUAAUUUCUUUUGAA